CAGCCUGGGAAAGGGGGGGGGACACGCUUCUUCCAGGGAAAGCCCUGCGGAGGCAGCUCCAGGCUUGGCUGACAGCGAGUCCUGAGCCGGGGACGCCAGGGGAUUUUGAGGAGCCCUGAGCGAGGAAAGGAGGGAGAAACCCUCGUUCUCCCGGCUGCCUGUGCCUCUCCCCACCAUGGAGCCGUGGGUGAUGUUGGACCCACGGCAGAAGGCCCUGUACCGGGACGUGAUGCAGGAGAGCUACGAAACACUGAUGUCCCUUGCAGCUCAGGGGCUGGUGAGUGAAAAAGCAGUGGAGGAAGCGGUGGAGGAGAGCUGCGAGGAGCUGGAAGCGCGCUCAUCCCGCAGCCCCGAGGGGGAGAAGACCCUCGGCUCCAACAGGCGGAAAACAAAGCGCCCGGAUAAAGCCGUGCCACCCAGCACCACCAAAAUCCCCAAAGCCGCAGCGGUCCCCAAACUGGACUGUGCCAAACCCCUACACGGAGCGGCCAGCAAGGGACCGGCAAGGGAGCGGCCGUUCGGCUGCGCCGACUGCGGCAAGAGCUUCCCGUGGGCUUCGCACUUGGAGCGGCACCGGCGGGUGCACACCGGCGAGCGGCCUUUCGGCUGCCCCGAGUGCGGCGAGACUUACAGCCAGAGCUCCCACCUCCUCCAGCAUCGCCGUACCCACGCCAGCGACCGGCCGCACAAGUGCGGCGACUGCGGCAAACGCUUCGCCGGCGCCGCCGAGCUGGCGGCACACGGCCGGGGCCACGCCGCGGAGAAACCUCACAAGUGCAGCGACUGCGGCAAGGGUUUUGUUUGGGCGUCCCACCUCGCCAGGCAUCGGCGGGUGCAUACCGGCGAGAAGCCCUACCGCUGCGCCGAGUGCGGCGAAGCCUUCAGCCAAGGCUCCCACCUCGCCAAGCACCGCCGAAGCCACACCGGUGAGCGGCCCCACCGCUGCCCGGCUUGCGGCAAGACCUUCUGCCAGAGCUCCGACCUGGCCCGACACCGCCGCACCCACCUGGGCAAGAAAGCCCUGCGCUGCGGCGACUGCGGCAAGCUUUUCCGAGCCGGGCCGGCGCUGGCGCGGCAUCAGCGGUGUCACCGGCGGGAACGCGCCCACUGUUGCGCCGAUUGCGGGAAGGGCUUCGUUUGGGCCUCCCACCUGGAGAGGCAUCGGCGGGUGCAUACGGGUGAACGCCCCUUUCCCUGCGGCAGCUGCGGCGAACGCUUCGCCCAAAAAGCCCACCUCCUCCAGCACCGUAAAACCCACUCCCCCGACCGGCCCUACAAGUGCGGCGACUGCGGCAAACGUUUCGGCGAGGCUCCCCCCUUCCUCGCCCAUCAGAGGGGUCACGCUGCCCAGAAAAGCUACACCUGCAGCGAGUGCGGCAAGGGCUUCGCUUGGGCGUCCCACCUCGAGCGGCACCACCGCGUCCACACCGGCGAGAAGCCCUACGAGUGCCCCGAGUGCGGCGAAGCCUUCAGCCAGAGCUCCCACCUCACCAAACACCGCCGUAGCCACCUCCCCAAGGUCGCUUUCCCCCUCGCCCCUCCCCAACCGCUGCCCCCCUCCAGGACCCGGCUGAUGGGGGAGAAGCCCCACAGCGCCGCGGGGCUGGUGAAGCCACCCGGAGCCUGCAGCGGUGAGGAGCCCUGAAGGACCGAGACCCCGCCCCGCGCAUCGGCACGAUGGAUGGGGAGGAAGGACCUUGCCCAAGGGAAAACUUGGCUUGGGGACAAAUCGAAGGACACCAAGUGACAUUUAAGGGGCAGAGGCUGGCACCGGGGUGGGUGAUGGAGCUGCUCCAGUGAGGCAUCAGGGUGGGAUUUAUCCUCCCUGGUGUCUCCCAGCAGCAAUGGGUGCAAGGUGCCUGCACCCUGCCGCGAAGGGGACCCCAGAAAGGGAUGUCUCGGGGGAGAGGGAGCCUCUUCCCAAAGGAAACGCUGCUCUUCUCCACCCAGAAAGGAUGGGGAUAACCCGGGGCUGGUUCUUGUGCCAAAAUACGGUGGUAUUUAUACCUGCUCCUUGCUGCCGGCAGGCUGGAGAAGGGGAUGCUCCGUUGCGCCGAUGGAGAGGGCGAGACGCCGAGGGUCUGCAGCGGGCUCAGUGGUGGGAGGUGCCGGCAUGGGGUGAGGAAUAAAAAGGGAGCCCCUCAAGCCCCCUGUGUCUGGCUCUCCUUGUGCACCAACCCCAGGCUCCGGCGCUUUUCCCUGCUCCUGGUAAGAAACACUUCGCGCAUCUUCUCCCUCUCCAAAGACAAAAACACGCUGAGACGGGCAAAGGGGUUGUUGUUUUUUUUUUUUGCUGAACUACCUUCUACUUUAUUACCUGCUAACCCGAGCCGAGGCAUCCCGGCCUCACCACCCUCA